AUGCCCAAACGGAAAGCUCCCCCCAAACUCUCUGGCCUGUUAGGCUCAGAUGAUGAGGACAUCAUGCAAGUCGAAGCCGCAGAAAUUAAAGAAACCCACGAGCCUCCCGCCAAAAAACGAAGAGGCAGACCGCGUACCUCAAACGAGAAUAUGACCGAGACCAAAACUAGCAAACCUGCUACUCGAACAAGAAAGCAGCAAGGAGCUAUAGCUAUAGCCGAACCAGAACCCCCUACAAACAAAAAGCCCGCCCGCCGAGGACGACCCAGAGGUGCAGCGCAAGACGCUGAAACGCCUGUGCAGGCAACUGAGGCGGAGAAUAUGGUACCAGAACAGGAAGAUGAAGACAAACAGGAGGAUGGAGACUCACUUGUCUCAAGGAAUACAAAGAAGCAGCCGGUCGAGGCCGCGAGAGCUGCCCCAGCACGCAGUCGAGGACGACCUCGUGCGGUCAGCACACAGCUCCUAACAGAUGGUGAAUUCGAGUUUACCCCGAGCGGUUCUCGAAAUAUUAGUUUUCAGGAAACUCACACAGAGCAAGAGCCCAGCCCUCUCGCUCGUGCAACGAGCCGGGAUGGAAAGGAACCCGAAGUCGAAGAUUCUCAACAGAAUGACCAACCCGCAACGGAGCUUGGAGAUGAGACUGCCAUUCACAAGGAACCGGCAUAUAAUCGCAAAUCAAUGUCCCCCGUGAAGAACGCUCGCUCUCGGCUAUCCAUGUCACGCAACUCACAAGAUUCUUCUCCUCGUAAACGCAAGCUUGGAGGCACCGACGCCGAGCAAGGUGGAGACCCAGAGCUGAGGCGCCGGCUAGGCGAACUGACCAAGAAGCAUGAUGCCUUGGAGAUUAAAUACCGCAAUCUACGUGAGAUUGGAAUUGUCGAAGCCAACACCAACAUGGAGAAACUGCGAAAGCAGAGUGAGACCGUUACUAAAGCAUCGAAUGAAUUGGUUGCUUCGCUCAAGGCUGAAUUGGAUGUUCAGCGAAAGCUAGGACUUCAAACCCGUGGACUCCAGAAGCAACUCAAAGACCGUGAUGUUGAAUUGGCUCGACUCAAAUCUGGCGCCGAUGAGGCCCAAGCACAGCUUGCGUCUGCCCAGUCUGAAGUCAAAGCCUUGCAGACCAAGCUCGCCGCAGCGCGGAACACAGCUGCCAGUCUCGAGGGGGCUGCAAAGGUCCCCGGCAGUGCCAUCAAGGGCGGCCCCGCCAAUCGUGCCAAUGCAGCUGCCACCGCCGAAGCGGCGCAGGCUUCACAGCUCGCUCAAUUAAAAGAAGAUCUAUACAGCGAUUUAACAGGAUUGAUCAUUCGUGAUGUCAAGAACAGAGAGUUAGAUUACCUAUACGAUUGUCUCCAGACUGGAGUCAAUGGAACUCUUCACUUCCAUCUAGUCGUACCAAAGGUCUCGACUGAUUACGACAAAACCGAGUUCCAAUACCUGCCUCACCUAGACGCUAACCGCGAUCGCGACCUGGUCAACCUGCUACCAGACUUUUUGACCGUAGACAUCACUUUCGUCCGCGGACAAGCAGCCAAGUUUUAUACGCGAGUCAUUGAUGCCCUCACAAAGCGGCGGUCUCUUCCAGCGCAAUAG